UUCCGCCGGCUUCCACAGGCGCCGGGGCGGGGCGGCCGGCGGGCUCGGGCCUUACCUGCCUGCGGCAUGGCCGUGCGGGGCCGGGGCGGCGCCGGGGGCAGAGUCCAGCGCGGGUGUCCGGCGGCGGCGGCAGGAGGCCGUUACAGGCGCGGAAGAUGCCGCUGGGGCUGAGGAGCAAGAAGAAGGACAAGUCCAAGGAGACCUUCAAGCUGGUGGAGAGCGAGGCGGCGGCCCCGGCCCCCGCGGCCCCGGCGCCGGCCCCGGCCCCGAGCGCGGCGCGGCUGCAGUUCCACACGCAGCUGGCGCACGGCAGCCCCACGGGCCGCGUGGCGGGAUUCGGCAGCGCCCGCGAGCUGUACGCGAAGAUCGGCGAGGCGUUCGGCAUCGACCCCGCAGAGAUCAUGUUUUGCACUUUGAACACUCAUAAAGCUGAUAUGGACAAGCUCUUAGGUGCACAAAUUGGCCUUGAAGAUUUCAUAUUUGCCCACGUAAAAGGACAACGAAAAGAAGUGGAAGUUCUUAAAACUGAUGAUGUGCUUGGUCUUACCAUUACAGACAAUGGAACUGGUUGUGCAUUUAUAAAGCGAAUCAAAGAAGAUAGCCUUAUGGACCAAACCAAAAUUAUCUGUGUGGGUGAUCACAUAGAGACUAUAAAUGGAAAAAAUGUGUCUCAUUGUCGGCAUUACGAAGUUGCCAAAAUGCUAAAAGAUCUGGAGAAAGGUCGGAUGUUUAAGCUGGAGUUGAUAGAGCCUAUGAAAGCAUUUGAAAAGCUGGAACCGAGGUCCAAGGGGGGAACUCUGCCAGCAGGUAAAAUCUCCAGAGGGAGAGAAACACUUCGGCUGAGAAGCAAAGGCCCUGCUACUGUGGAGGAAAUGCCAACUGAAGUUGAAGAAAAAGCAAUUAAAAAAGUGGAUGAGCUUCUUGAAACAUAUAUGGGGAUAAGAGAUAUUGAAUUAGCUGCAACAAUGGUGGAAGCUGGAAGAGACAAGAAAAACCCAGAUGAAUUUGCAGUGGCAUUGGAUGAAACUCUUGGAGACUUUGCAUUUCCAGAUGAGUUUGUCUUUGAUGUAUGGGGAGCAAUAGGUGAUGCUAAGCAAGGACGACUGGAAUGAGAACUGUGCAGUUUAUUAGUCCCUAUUUGAAAGUACAAAAUUAUUGUCAAAUAUGUGCAUCAGAAUUUUAAUACUUUUAUUGAUAUGAAUCCAGGGUGCUCUGUAUAAGUGUUCUUAUCUGAGACUUCCUUUUGCUAAAGAAGGUUUCUAAUAGAAAUAUGAAGAUAACCCCAAAGUUCUGGCAACUGCACGUUUAAAGCAAACAAUUUACAUGUACAAAUCACUGUGAGGAGUGCGUCAAGAAGGUAUAUUUAUACAGACAUUUUAUGAAAAUUAGGUAUUUUUUAUUGUACAUACACUUUGAUAGCAAUAUUCUGAAGUGUUACACAUACACAACAAAGAAUUUGGAUUAUUUUAUCUCUUCUUUAGAAAGGUUUAUAAACUUAGAGAAUCAUCUAGGUUGGAAAAGACCUUUAAGAUCAACAAGUCCAAGCGUUACCCUAGGACUGCCAUGUCACUCAGCCAUGUCACUAAGGGCCUCACCUUGUUGAAAAACUACCUAGCUACAUGCUGCAGUCCCCUGGUCUUCUGUUGUCCAUAUCUAUUUAUGUGCACAAAGAGCUGUGGAGCAAUGGUUUGGCCUGAAUAUAGUCUGUUCUGUAGUCAAAGCUGGGAAGAAGCUACCCUGUUUUUGAAGAACAUGAGUUCGGGAGAAAAAUAUUCCUCUGAAACAUGAGAACUAAGAUCUUUGAAUGAAAAAGACUUGCUUUCAUUUGAGUCGUAAUAAUGUGCAGUCUGGGUAUUGCUGAGAUGAGGAAAUACAGUAGAAAUGCUUAAACCAGGAAGCUGCUGCUUUAUUCAGAUGCCAUAUUAUUGCAAUAGGAACUGCAUAGGAAGAAACAAAUGUUAAAUUUGGUUUCUAUUCAUGUAUUUGAAUAAUAUCUGUGAUCUGGCACUGAAGACUAUAGCGUAUGACUAAGUGCUUAAUUGAUCUUGCAUAUGCUAAAUUAUUUGCUUAGAUCCUAUGGAGUUCCCCUCCGGUCUGGGUUGUUUGGUUUUUUUUUUUCAACGUGGCAACAUAGGAGAGACCUGGAAGGUGUUCAGACCUGGAAGAUGUCACAACCAACCUCAGUUUGGAUGAAAACACAUGCCUAAACCCUGAAAAAUGCAUUAAACUAAUCUGAGAUGUUAGGAUUUCCAAUUAUUUUGUACAUGAACAUUUAUUUUAACUGAUAAUACAUUACUAGUAAAUCUCUGAUUAUUGAAAAUGAAAUUGAAAUAGAAUGUGGGGCCUGACCUGGGAAGGUGUCAUAGCUUUUUAGUAUUUUUUUAUUUGCACAAACAUAUGAAAUAAUAGGUAUUACGAAGAUUUUUCUCAAUCACUACUUAGUUACUUUUCUUCUGCAGAAAAUGUCUUUCACCAUCUUGCAGAGAUCUCUUUGAAAUAAAGAUUAUGCCAAUAAUUUUACAUGUUCCAUGUCAAUGAUUUUUUUAAUCUAAAACCAUGACACUCUGGAGUAUCAUUGAGAGAACAGGUCCUCAUUCUCUUUGUUAUUUAGGAAGGAUCCUGAAGUCUACAUCAGUCUUUUGCACAUGUUACAAUAAGUGAAUGUUUUUUUCUAGUUAUGAAAUACUGCAUGAAGUCUUAGAAAUACUAUUCAGUGGUCUUUCAAUGGGGAUAAUCUCCAAUUUUGUAAAGGCUGUUAUGAAUAUUUUGCUCUUGUAACUCUGAUUUAAGGACAAGUUUUCAUGUAAUACAGAUAUUCCUUUUUAUGAAGUGAAACAUGGUGGUAUGUAGGUCAUAAAUUUUAGUGUAUUUAAGAAGUUCAAAGGUGUCAAAAUUUCUCUUAAUUGUACUAGUGCCUCAUCAUCAGUGUGGAAUGAAAUCUAUAUGUGUAUUCAAACAGGUGUGAUCACUAUCAAUUUCUAUACAUAGAAAUGGAUAUGAAAAUUUAGGCUAUUCUCAAGUUAUGAGAAGUAGAGAUAAUUUUGCAAGAAAAUUUGAAUUUUAGUAAAACUUGUAAAUAAAAUUAAAGAAACUUUGUAAGGAGGUAGUUAAAUUUUAUACAUCCCAUUGUUCAGUUGGGACCUUGAGAAUGUUUUAUUUUGAGAAAAGAGUGUAAUUUUAGGACAGAGAGCGCAAGGUAGAUAGCAUUUCUCUGUAUUUAAUAGUUGCAAGUCUGAGCCCACAAUCUUCUGUUGCAGUUGAGCACACUCUGUCUUGCACACAGGGUUACUUUAACUAAUGUACUCUUGGUAAUGAAGAGUUAAAGUAUUGUGGGCCAUAUCAUUUAUUCUUUAAACUUAUUUUAGAUGAAAAGGAAAAAUGAAAUGUCAAGAGUUCCCAGUCGGUUUCAAAUUGUUUUAUGUAAAACUCAAAUGUCAAAUUUUGAGGAAAUGAUUAUGUACACUAAUGUCAGUAACCAACGUGCUGCUGCUUAUAAAAAUCAAUGGAAGUUAAGAAUUCCUUCUUAAAUGGUGAAAGAAAAUGUACUGUGGAAGAGUAGUAUUGUAAAAUAAUAUAUGAAAUGUAACCUGUGGCAGAUAACCCCUCAUGUGUUUUAGAUGCUCAUUUUAUUUUGAGAAAUUAAUGUUGUUUAAUCAAUUUAUCCUCAGAGAAUAAUUUGUCUCAUUACACUCGUAAAAUAGUGGGAUAAAAAUAAUCUCUGAAGCUCUAAUUCUGCACAGAGCUGUCUCUUUUUAUAGUGGCCUAUCGUUGUGUAGUUUAUUUUGGAACUAAGAUUUAAAUAGCAAUUCAAAUUUUACUAGCAUUUAUGGCAAUAAAGUAUAUCAAUACAUCUUAGUAA